UCACCACAAAUAUCCUCCACACACACACCAACAACAUCUCUGCUCUGUUAGCGUAGGCAGGGUGUAUCAGCCGCCCCGGCAGACGUGAUGUUUCAGCUGUAAAGCAAAUUAUAAAAACUGACACGAGCGCUCCAGAGUUUAUUUGGGAGCUAAUGUGACCAUUUUCCCGAGAGACCCCUCCUGAAGGGUUUCAACACAGACAUAGCCUAUCUUCUCUCCAAAAACAGAAGACCACCGACACCUUUAUGUGGCCAUCUCACCACCAACAACAUGCAAUCACGGAUCCGCAGAGGCAGUCGAUGUGACCGGGGCUGAAGUAACAGGCUGCUGCUCUGGACAGACCAGGAGAAACUUUCUUCCCUGGCUUGUGCCCCGUGAACUGUGACCGUUGCUGUGUGGGUUGCUCGCCGCCUCUCACUUUAUUUCUACGUGGGUGAGCAGUGUGUGCGUGUGUUUGUGGCACCUCCCCGCUCCUCCAUAGAUCUGGUUGCCCCCUUGUACCUUACAAGCUGCACCAUGCAUUUCUUCUGCACCUCCUGGCUACUAUAGCCUAGUUAGAGCAGGAUCCCGAGGUCCCCCCACACCCCCCUCCGACCUGCUGACUUGGGUUUGGACUCCGGAUCGUGUGUCAUGCAGCGAGACCUGAAGCGUUCCCCGGUUCCGUCGCAGGACCGCGUGGUUCAUUUGUAACUGGAUCUACUUUUUUUGGAGGGAGAGGAGGGCAUGUUCUUGUCUCUGGAGAACACUUGCAAAGAGGAGAAGAAAGUAGAAAGACGUGGGUGAGCAGCAGCGACAGAAGGACGUAGAGAUAGCCUAAUAUUAGAGAGUGCAACUUAGGCUACUUGUAGAUGUUUGAUCAGGCCACGACUAUGGGCGAUGGGAACCACCGCUGUGGACGCAACCCGCUGUGUCCGGACCGGAUGGAGACAGUAUGCCGCUCCGAGAUAGGAAGCCGGUCCCCGGUUCAGAGUUCCACCGACACCCCGGGGACAGCAGCGUCCACCCCGACGUCCUCCAGUGAAGACGGACACGACAAACUUUUGGGAGUGGACCCUGACUACUGUCGAAGGAUAUUAGUAAGAGACGCCAAAGGCACCAUCCGGGAGAUCGUCCUGCCGAAGGGCCUCGACCUGGACCGACCCAAGCGCACGCGGACCUCCUUCACGGCAGAACAGCUGUACCGGCUCGAGCUCGAGUUUCAGCGGUGCCAGUACGUCGUGGGCCGCGAGCGCACCGAGCUCGCGAGGCAGCUCAAUCUCUCCGAAACACAGGUCAAGGUGUGGUUCCAAAAUCGACGGACCAAACAGAAGAAGGACACCACCAAGGAUUCAGACAAACGCUCCUCCUCCUCAAAUGAGUCGUUGGCCACCUGCAACAUCCUGCGCCUUCUUGAGCAGGGCCGCCUCCUAUCGGGCCCCGUCCCGCCACCUAACGCCCUCCUGGGGCCCCCACAUCCAUCAAACGGCUCACUGCUGGGCAGCCCAGGCGGAGGCUCCUCCACCUCUCCGGGGAUCAGCAGCAGCACUCCUCCCAAUUCCCUACCAGGGGGGACUUUUGGGCUCUCGCUGCCCUCUCUGGGUGGCACCUCACCGCGGUUGGGCGUCCCACCGCCGCACUCCCUCUGUUUCUCCAUGCCGCUGUUGGGGGGCGCUCAUCAUGAACUGACAUCCGCCUACGGCUGCGGUUCUUCAGCUUUUGAGCCGUACAUGCGGCUGGACAGGAAGGAGGCAGAUCUGGGAGGGAAGAAGACAGUUUCUUAAGUUAUCUGUCCGUCUUUUAGGACACCAGGGUACAGGAACUUGUCUUUGUAAGAGCGUUUCUGCUCAGUCUGCAGCCUAUUUGACACUUGAGUUUCAGCAGAUGGGAACGAAAGCUACCUGGAUCAUGAGAAAUGUGAAACAGGAAUAGACCAGGUUGAGCAGAGCGCCAUUUUGUGCCACAGCACUGUUGGGCACACUGACACAAAAUAGUGAAAAGGACGUGAUGUGAUGGAGACUCUCCCACAUAAAAAAAAAAAAAAAAACUUGUGAAUUUUUUCAAAAAUACUGUGUGUGUAUGUUGCGUGAACCCUGACAGACAGAUGUUGUUAUCACUGCUCUCUUCGCAGUGGUUUCAAGUGGCUCUUCACUUUUUGUCCCGUUAGUGUGUGUGUGUGUGUGUGUGUGUGUGUGUGUGUGCGUGUGUGUGUGUGUGUGUCUCUAUACAGGCCUUCAUUUACUGUUCAGGGAAAAAAAAAACUUGACGUGCAUAGUUCAGACAGAAUCACUGUCUGAAUGAGAACAGUGGUGUUUCAAAGAAAGCAGUUUGUACACAUUUCGGUACAUAUUCCUGUACAAGUGGCCAUGUUUGAUUUUAGUUGAUGUGCUUUCACAAUAUGGAAGAAACACUGAAAAAAAGAAUUGUAGCAUAUUAAUAUCAAUCUGUUUGGUGUCCAGCAGUAGUUUUUGUAAAUUCUUUAUUUGGUUGUGUUUGUGUAUAAAAUAAUGUGUGGUAGGAUCUGAACAAAUGGUACAGAAAUCACAUAUCUAGAUCUGAAAGUUUAAUAUAAAAGAACAUGAGAACAACAGUUUUGUGAGAAAGCUGGUUAGACUCUGCCAAAGCAUUUAUGGAUUAAGUUUGGAUGGAUUAAGGUGUCGCACUUGUGUCCUCCAAUCACUGAAGCAAGUCUAGGUCAAACGGAGAAAUGAUCUUUGAACCCAGAUUCACUUUUCAAUCUUUGAUUCACAGAAAUGUCUAAAAAGACGAAAGCAGAAUUUUUGGAACAAUUUUACAGAACCAAACUUGUGUAGGCCGGAAAUGAAAGCCGCUUUUCAAGGAGUCAGUAUAUCUCAGUCAACACUUGAUCCAGAGAUUUCUGUUUUGCAUCUUGUUCAUCCAUGUGGUUGGGACUAGAGCUGCAACCAUUAGUUAAUAAAUCGAUGUCCAUCGACUGAAAAUCAGUCUGCAACAAUUUUGAUAAUCCAUUAAACCUUUUUUUGUCAGUUUUCUAGCAAAAAUACCCAAAGAAUGUUCUGGUUCCAGCUUCUAAAAUAAGACAAUUUGUUCUUUUCUUUUCCAUGUAUGACAGUGGGUCUUUGGGUCUUAAAUCACAAUUUUUUCACAGUUUUUAAAUCAAGAAAAUAAUUAACAGAUGAUUCGAUAAUAAUCGUUAGUUGCAGCCAUAGUUAGGACCAAUAUAUAACACCACAAUGAGCCAUGACAGCUGUAGAAUUUGCUGCAACACUUUUCUUUUUCUUCUUUUCUUAAGUUGCAACAGCAUCGUAACUAUCAGAAGUACUGUUUCAUCAGGUCAUGUCCAUAACCAUAAGAAAUCUGUUAUGUAUUUUUACACAGGAAACUUUUAAUGUGCAUGCUUAGGAUGCAGCAUCACAUGUGAAACAUUGUCUUUUUAAUAUUUCUCUUUAAAUUGGUAUUUGUGUGUUUGCGCCAUGUUUCCCCCUUUUGAUGUAUUAGAAUGACUUUUGGCUCGCCCUCCUGUUAGACGUCAGCUUGUCUUAAACGAAAAGGUUUCCUCUGCUUGCUCCUCUUUAGCACUUUAUGUUUGUAGGUUUUUACACAUCCUCCUGUAUCUCCCCCCGUUAACUCCUUAUUAAGAACAGCUUUAGGAAGAGUCAUGGUUUGGAGUAUAGUUCAUUCUUGUCAGAAUUAAAGCCAGAAAGGCCCUCAGUUAUUUCCAAAUAAACUACAGUUUUCCUUCAGCUACAUUUUUUAUUGAUUGUUUUUAAGCUAAAUUGACUUCAGGAUCUGAAAACAGUCCACUUUAAGACACACAUUUCUCUGUGGUUGAGAAAACAUACGUUAAAUUAAUGCAUGAUUUUUCCUCCAUAUUUGGCUUUAGCUUGUUGUCCAAAGAAAAUCAAAACUCGCCGGCGAAAACCUGCAAUUCCCUAGUUUGCCCUCAAUUUGUGUGUGUCAGAUGAGUUCCCACCCUUUUUCAUAACCUCUGUCUCUCGUCUGUUUGCUUCUUCUCAUUUCCCCACGUAUCUAUUAAUUUCUAGGUUUCCUGUCAUUGUGAGGUUUAAUAUGUUUUCCCUUUCUCUCACACUCGCUGAAGGAGACCUGACACCUAUUUAUAAAAAUGACAUCAAUUUACAAAGUUGCUCACUCGUAAAGGCCAGGCUACGUUUAAAACAUCAGAGCAUGUUUUGCAGAUAAGUGCAUGGAAAGGUUGUGACCUCAGCCUAUGAAGGCCCCCCCCACCCGUCUGGCAGCUCACCGGGCCUUUUUGCACCCGUGUAGCGCCGGCAGGUAGCAGGUGAUUUGUUGUUUUUGUUGUAUUCAGGCCCCAGCAGUGCUCCGAAAACCCCUGUUAUCCAUUCACGGCUCUUUGCAGCGGUGUACCUGUUCUGUUGUUGAAUAUUAUUUUCUAUAAGCACCAUCCAUAAUUCACACACUGUGGCAUCAAAUAUUAAGCAGAGAGAUGGAGCUGAGAGGUCAGGAGGCUUGCUUCUCAUGUAAGGCCAGUGUAGCCUUUCACAAACCCUCUUUUUUUCCUUUACUCACAAGAGGGUCGUUUUGCUUCAUUGCUAAUUUGCUUUCCUGUGGUGUUGUAAACAAAACAGUCUCUGUUCCCCUUUUUUGCUGGAAAUAUAUAUAAAAAAUGUUGCAUGAUUUAGAGCUGCACAAGAUAGUGGGUAAAUGAGAUCUAAAUCUUCUGUAAAACGCUUAGUUAAUCUCCUUUUCAGUUAUCUGUCAGUCAGUGUUACAGGAGAGGAAUAUCAGACAUUAUGGAACAGAUUUUUUGGUUACAAAAAAAUCUAACACGCCACAUUUUCCUUGACGUUCAGAAUCCGCACUGACUCCAUAUUCUGUCACUGUACAGUGGUGUUUUGUAAUGUAAAUCUGCAGUUACUGUGUUGUAGCUACUACGUGAAGCUUGAGGCAGACGGUCAAAGAAGUUAGAUGGCACUUCUCUUCAACAGAAAGAAGCUUUGUAAAGCCUUGCAUCAGUUAAACAAAGCCUUGUUUUUUUUUUUUCUUUUUUCCCUCCAUUCCUCUGUAGCUUCUUUUUCAGGCAGUUCCUUCUCAUUCCAGCUGAGUGGAAGCGUUGCUUUUGUUGUGUGCAAUCUGUGACAUCUUGCACUUGUUUAGGUUACCACCAUUUCAGAAGCAUUAAAGGCCUUCUCGUGGCUCUCACUGCUGCAUCAGGAGUUUUUUCUGAUGGGUAAAGUCCUUUGA